AUGGUUCCUCUAUCACCUUCCUCUUCUUCUUCGUCGCCCAACCCUAGAUUGAUCCCUCCUCGUCAAAAGGGUAUCUCUGCAUCUGCUUUGCCAUACAAACGUUCACCCCCGACUUGGCUCAAGACCACCACUCUUGAUGUUGAUGAGUCAAUAUGCAAGUUUGCAAAGAAAGGUUUGACACCAUCUCAGAUUGGUGUGAUUCUUCGUGAGUCUCACGGUAUCCCUCAGGUGAAGAGUGUUACCGAAAACAAGAUCUUGCGAAUUCUGAAAGCACACGGUCUUGCUCCUGAGAUUCCUGAGGAUCUAUACCACUUGAUCAAGAAAGCAGUUGCUAUCCGCAAGCACUUGGAGAGGAACAGGAAAGAUAAAGAUUCCAAGUUUAGGUUGAUUCUUGUGGAGAGCAGGAUUCACCGUCUUGCUCGUUAUUACAAGAAGACCAAGAAGCUUCCUCCUGUCUGGAAGUACGAGUCUACUACUGCCUCUACUCUUGUGGCUUAGAGAGAGAGAGAGAGAGUGAAGUACAAUGGACUUACUAAACAUUGAAAAAUAUUAUUUCACUUCUAAACAUAUACAUUUCACAUUAUAAAUCUUUUUUUCCUUAAAGAUUCCUAAAUGGAGUACACCAUUGGACUGACUUUUUGAGU